UUUAGCCCACACCUAUUUUGGAAUUAUUUCAAUUAUUUCGUGAGUGAGUAUAACCAGUUAAAAUAUUUAAAAAUGUCAGAAGAAACAAUUAUGUCAAUGAAUGAUCCGGCGAUUAAACUUGAACCACCCGAAUAUUCAGAAGAAGACAUUAAACACGAAAUUCAGGAUGAUAUUGAUGUUUCUGAUGAUAUUGUUAAAUCUGAAUCGUGUUCUGCGGAUGAUGAAACCUGUUUAGAAAGAUUUAUGAACUCUGAAGUGACAAUCGAAGAAGAAGUCAAACAGGAGCUAGUUGAGACAUCAGUUUAUGAAUGUGACAUUUGUAAUCAAUCAUUUGCAGAAUCUGAUCAAUUAAAAGAGCAUAUGGUCGAUCACAAGCCUAUUAAUAGCAAGGAACGCCGUUUCAAAUGCGAAAUCUGUCAUAAGACUUUCAAACCAAAACGUUGUCUGAAAAUUCACAUGCUUUUGCACAGUGGAGAACGCCCCUAUAAAUGCAUUAUAUGCAACAAAGCUUUCAGACAAUCAGGUGAUCUGAAAAAACACAUGCUCAUUCACAUUGGUGAGCGCCCCCAUAAAUGCAGUAUAUGCAAUAAAACAUUCACACAAUCAAGUAAUCUGAAACAACACAUGCUGAUUCACAAUGGAAUACGACCCCAUCAAUGCGAUGUUUGUAAUAAGACUUUCACACAAUUAGGUUCUCUGAGAACUCACAUGCUGAUCCACAAAGGAAUACGACCCCAUCAAUGCAAUGUUUGUAAUAAGACAUUCACACGAUCAAGUCAUCUGAAUACACACAUGAUCAUUCACAUUGGUGAACGCCCCUUCGUUUGUAGUGUAUGCAAUAAAACAUUCACACAAUCAGGUAAUCUGGAUAAACACAUGCUGAUUCACAAAGGAAUACGCCCCCAUCAAUGCGAUGUUUGUAAUAAAACAUUCACACAAUCAAGUAAUCUGGAAAAACACAUGCUGAUUCACAAAGGAAUACGCCCCCAUCAAUGCGAUGUUUGUAAUAAAACAUUCACACAAUCAAGUAAUCUGGAAAAACACAUGCUGAUUCACAAAGGAAUACGCCCCCAUCAAUGCGAUGUUUGUAAUAAGACUUUCAGACAAUCAGGUGAUCUGAAAAAACACAUGCUGAUUCACAAAGGAAUACGCCCCCAUCAAUGCGAUGUUUGUAAUAAGACUUUCAGACAAUCAGGUGAUCUGAAAAAACACAUGCUAAUUCACAAAGGAAUACGACCCCAUCAAUGCAAUGUUUGUAAUAAGACAUUCACGGUGUUAGGUAAUCUCAAACGUCACAUGAAACUUCACAAUUGAAUUCAUCUCAAUGAAUGCAUUAUUUGUAAUAAUAAAUUCACACAUUUGAGUCUUCUGCAAAGACACAUGCUGAUUUAUCGCAGAAAGCAUCCUUGAAAAUGAAGUAGUCAAUAAGGAAUUUACUCAAUUGAAUUUUUUGAAAACAUUGCAAUUUAGAGUCGAAAA